AUGCAGAAUUCAAAUUCAAAAAUGCCACGACAAAAGGGUGCCAAUGAUGAACCCCCAAGUGAUGAUAUUGGUUGGAAAUUCGGAACUCAAGUUGAAGGCACUAGGUAUCAUAUUAUUUGCAAAUUUUCUGGACAUCACAUUAAACGUGGGAUUACGCGUUUCAAACAACAUUUAGCACAUCAAACGGGGCAAGUGCAUUCUUGUCCUAAUGUUAGCAGAGACGUGAUGCAAGAAAUGAUGAAACAUUUACAAAACAAGAAAAUGAGUAAAGCAGACAAACAAAAGAGAAAAGUUGAAUUGGAAGCACAUAUUAGGAGAGAUGAUCUCUGUGAUGAGGAUGAAUGGGGAGAUUUUGUAGAUCUUCGAGACGAUGACUCUGACUCUAAUCCAGAGAUGACCAGGGCUAGACAAGCAAAAUCCGUACGUGAAACUGGUGGGGGUGGACGUAAUUGGAUUAAGCCGAAUGCUCCUGAAGCAAGGUUGAGGGCAAUGGAUGUAGAACUCCAAAAGAGCAAGAUUGAUUUAGAGUAUACACAACCCAUGCUUGAUGUAGCUGCUGAAGUAGGGCCAGGAGUAAAAGGUCCUAGUGCUUAUGAAGUUUCUGAAGUAUAUUUGGGCAUGGAGCAUGAUGAAAUGACUGAAUGGAUAGGAUCAUUCAAGGGAAUUUGGGCAGAGGGAGGUGUAUCCAUCAUGUGUGAUGGUUGGAGCAAUCUAACUUGGCAACACAUCAUCAACUUCUUAGUGUACUGCAAUAGAGGUACUAUAUUUCACAAAUCAAUUGAUGCCUCUAAUAUUAUUAGUAGGACUGUUGAAUAUUAUUUUGGGUUGUUAGAUAAAGUUGUUGAUGAAAUUGGAGAACAAUACGUUGUUCAAGUUGUAACUGAUAAUGAACCUGCACUGAAAGCUGCCGGUAAAAUGUUAAUGAGAAAAAGGAAACAUUUAUAUUGGACAGCUUGUUCAGCACAUUGUAUCGAUCUCAUGCUAAAAGACAUAGCCAAUAAGAAAAGUGUAGCAAAGGUGAUUGAAGAUGGUAAAACCAUCACCAAUUUCAUUUAUAAUAGUGGAUGA